AUGAUUUUUUUUCAUUCUGAUUGCAGGUCUUACCCAUCGCCGGUGCAAAAUGGCGUGCAAAAUAAUAGUACAAUGAACUGUUCUGGUUCUCAAGGGUUGAUGGUGAAGCAGGAGGCACGGGACGACGGUUACGAGACGAGUCCGGACCUGGAGAUGAGAAGCAACGGGGGUGACAGUAGCCAGCAGUAUCACACUCCACUGACGCCGCAUACGCCCCACACCCCGCACACACCCCAUACACCGUUAACACCGAUAUCGGCAACGUCGCAUCAGCCCCAACAGCCAAGCUCCACUGGGGCCACGUUAGGACAGGUACCGAUGAAAUGUGAAACACCAGUAGACCCUUAUUCGUUUGUCGACGAGGAAAUGUCUAUGAGCGGCGGCAUAAGAACGGCGAGUAGUCCUGGUGAAAACAUAGAUGGGCUGACAUGUUCUACAAGUAGUAACAUACAGUCAAGUAUUGGUACUCCGUCAUCAUCGUCCCCAAGCCCUAUGCCCAGUCAACAACAGCAGCAGCAACAGCAACAUCUGCUCCAGCAACAACAACAACAGCAACUUCAUCAUCAUCAGCAACAACAUCAUCACCAACAACAGCAACAACAUCAGCUUGAGCUUGAACAGCAGCAUCACAUGAGCAUGAUGAUGAAUGGUGGGCUCAAUUCAAUGCAAUUACCCCAUCAACCGAAGAAACGAGGCCGUAAGAAGAAGUCAGAAAUGAUACUUACACCUGAAGAGGCGGAGCUUGCUGAGGCUAAAAAACGUGCUAAAACCUACAAAGAAAGAAAAAAACACGACAGGUUCGAUGGCAUGCCUGAAGAGGAAGUUAGCAAACGAGUGCUCCCCGAUCAUCUUACCGAUAAUCUUGAUAUUAUUAUCAUUGGCAUUAACCCUGGGCUUUUCGCGGCUUACAAGGGCCACCACUACGCCGGACCAGGAAACCACUUUUGGAAAUGUUUACAUCUAAGUGGCCUAACACCUGAUCCACUUACUGCUGAAGAUGACUAUACAUUAUUACGUUUAGGAAUUGGUUUUACUAAUAUGGUCGCACGUGCGACUAAAGGAAGUGCUGAUUUAACGAGAAAAGAAAUAAAAGAAGGUAGUAGUUUAUUGUUGGAAAAGUUGAAGAGGUACAAGCCAAAAAUAGCAGUAUUUAAUGGUAAACUUAUUUAUGAAGUUUUUUCUGGUAAAAAAGAAUUUGGAUUUGGUCGACAACCGAAUUUAAUUGAGGGUACAAAUACAUAUAUGUGGGUAAUGCCAUCGAGUAGCGCGAGAUGUGCGCAAUUGCCACGCGCGGCGGAUAAGGUGCCAUACUAUGCAGCUCUUAAAAAAUUUCGUGAUUAUUUAAACGGUACAAUAUCACACCUAGAAGAAUCGGAUAUUGUAUUUGCUGAUCCAAAAAUAAAUAAAAAGAAAGAUUCAGACGCUACUGAAGAUAAAAAGUCUGUGUACGAGGGCGAAGAUAUUGACGGCGAGAGCAGGAUGUCCGAAUUAAGUGAGAUAAAGCCGGAGCAAGGAUUGAUACCGGGGAAAAAGAAACGCGGUAGACCCAAAAAAAUAAAAAACCCCGAUGAUCAGAUGAUGAUUCCAUCAGAGUCUGAUCCUAAAAUGGACACAACCAAUCCCGGGAGUGGUGGUAACGUCGAAGGAUCAAAUAUUGGAUCUGGAGGCGAGGUGAUAAAGAAACGUCGUGGACGUCCCAAGAAAAUUCAUCAGCAGCAGAAACAACAGGAGCGUGAAGCUCGGGAGCGCGAGCAAAUGGUCCAGCAACAUCAGCAGCAUCAACAGCAGCAACAGCAACAUCACCUUCAUCAUCCACACCAUCCUCAAAAUAUGGGACAUCUCGGUGACAAUUAUGGAAAUGUCCCAGGUUGUUUUUCACCUCCUCUAAUGUCACCACCAAAACCUUUCGCUCAUAUGGCGCCAUAUCCGCAGCCCGACUCAAAUUUCUUUUCACAGGGUAUGAAUGACAGUCCGUAUAAUAUGAGCGCUAAACAAAGCCCUGUACACUUACAGCAGCACUAUAGCCAAAGUCCUAAAUCUAUGUCCUUGUCGUUCACUCACUCGGAUCUAUCGUCUGAGAUAAAUACGGCAAUAUCAUCUGAAAAUAAUCUUGAACCCUCACCAUUAACCUCUCCGAGUGUUGAGCAUCCGGAUUUUGAACCACCGACAAGUAUGUCUCAGCAGCAGAAUCUCACGAAUGACCAUCGCGCUUAUAAUCCGGCUGGGACAACAGACGGCACAAUACCGCACUCAGGAAGCCCUGGUACGCAAUCACAUUCGAGUUAUACGAGCUACAUGGGUUUCCACGAUCAGCCAACACCCGAUUCUCACGGGCACGGACAUCAAACUACGCCCACGGGUUUAAAUCCCGGUGAAGACCAGCAGCACUCACAUCAGUCGCAUCACACACCACCUUUGAGUCAUCCUCACACGCCGACACACUCAUCAAUGUCGCCGCAUCCGCAUGAGCAAUACGUCAUGAAGAGAAAUACCGGACAAGAUGUUGCUUCUAAGAGUCUGAGCGACCUCGAGUCUUUGGUUGAUCAGAUACCGAGUAUAGCUGACGGUGGCAAUCAACGUUUACACUCCCAUCCUGGAAUCCCCGAUGACGGUCUUGGUGAUAAUAAAUUGGAGCCGCAUCAUCAAUCUUAUUUGUCUGGUUUUUCUGGCCCAGGUAUGAAUAAUUACAGUCCGCCGCUUGGAGGUGGGAUUUACCCUGGUUCACAACCACUUUAUCCAGGUGAAAAUUAUGGAUCGCCGUAUGGGAUGAACGGACGGCUUGAUCAACAGCAACAGCAGCAACAGCAACAGCAUCAACAUCAACAGCAACAACAACAGCAACAGCAACAACAGCAGCAGCAGCAACAGCAACAGCAACAGCAACAGCAACAGCAGCAACACAGUAAAUCUUAUACAGUAGAAAAUCUCGCGUCAAGCAAUUAUACACCGAGCAUGAGUCAAGCGGGAAAUAGCUACUCUAACAUCAUCCCUGGUCCACAUUAUCCUGUACCAACUAUGGGACCCACUAACGGCUAUCUCUUCGGGGGAUUAGAGUCAAGUCUGAUGCAACGUACUUACGGAAUGGGCGGCAUGACCGGUAUGGGUGGUAUGCAUCCCUCGUUAGGGCACAUGGCUAAUCCCUAUCCAUACAAUACAUCCUACUCGAGUUCCUUCGAGGCAUAUCCAACACCUCCAGCCGGCAUUCAUGCCCCCAGUCCAAAUUACCCUGGUGGUUACGGUGUUUCUAGCACUACCAGCAGUCCCGGUAACUCUACACCUCCUUCUUACCUUCAAUCUCAUCACAGGCCACCCGUUGACCUCGGCUAUGACGGCGUAUGA